GCUAUGUCCAGCGGAAGAGAGGCAGGUAGCGGAGAGCGACGAAAGGGCGCCGCGCGGGCAAGGCCCAGACGAUACCUGGUCGACGCUGGUGGCUGACAUUCUUUACGGGGAACCGCGAUCCCCUCACCCCGCUCCGUUUGGGCCUCCUCCUUAGCUUCUUGAGGUCGUCGCCUUCGCCGCCUCCACUUGAUUGUCUCCGCAGCCCGGACACACCUGGCCUGGUCGGUGCCGCCGAAUGCAACCAGCUGGACACAGCACAGCUUCCCUCCCCAGCUCCGGGCUCCGCUUUCCCACAAUGGCGGACGCGCUCCGGCUCCCACUUCCGCUACACGGCUGCCUGACCUUCCGCUCUUCCCCCCACCUCCACUGAUGACGUCGUAGCUGACCUUUCCGUCUCCGCCUCAUGUCACGUGAAAGGGAGAAUGAUACUCGCAUGCGCCAGAGCUUCCUUCUGUCACCCGUAUGCUGUAUUUCUGGAUGGCCGGUAGUAGUGUAUCGUUUGAUGCGAGUUUGGCCUCUCCGCGUACCAUGAGCCCGACCGAUGCGAAACGCGGCGGAGCAAAGCGCAGGAAGAACAAACGGACGGGUGGCCUAGGCCCAUCAAAUCUAGCCGACAGCCUAGAAACCAAAGCUGUAGGAUCAGCUUCUUCAGCCACCCUUUCCUUCUCCUCGCCAUCCACUUCCGCUGUGGCUUCUUCUUCUCCUGCCACUGGGACCGAUCUUGUAGCGACUGCUACAGGUACCUCCUUGAUUUCCAGCGAGAGCAUAGGAAAGGCUGACGUCUCCAAAAAGCGCUGUGGAGGAACAAUUAAUUCUAGGCAAACUCGCAAGCAAAGUCGAAUGGCUGCUUCAGCUGUGGAAGUAGGUUCACAAGUAGAACCAAUUGACCUUGAAGAAAGUGUUUGUGAAGAAGUAGUUGACCUCACUUGUGAAUCUUCAGAACCAGUGGUAGUCGAUCUUACACACAAUGAUUCUGUUGUGGUUGUUGAAGAGCAUGUGCGACAGCGACGAAAUAGAAAGUUAAGAAGCCAGCAGCUUCCUGACAGCUGUGUAUUAAGUAGUGAUGAUGAUGAACCAAGAGACAAUGAUGUUGUAUUGACUAGUACAUUGUCAAGAGAAUUGGAAUUGCUGGAAGAUGGAGUUACAAGCUCAAGGCGUUCUGGUACUGUGAGCUGCCCAAUUUGCAUGGAUGGCUACUCAGAAAUUAUACAAAGUGGGCGGCUCAUUGUGUCAACAAAGUGUGGUCAUGUCUUCUGCAGUCAGUGUCUCCGUGAUGCUCUAAGGAAUGCCAACUCUUGUCCAACUUGUAGGAAGAAACUUGGUUGCAAGCAAUAUCACCCAAUUUAUAUAUGAAGUUUCAGAUUGGUCUCAGAAAAAUUCAAUUGUAUUUCUGAGCUCUAUUUCAUGUUUAUUAUCCUUCUGCAACAAAUGAUUACAGGUUGUGCAUAUUGCUCAAGUAUAACUUUCCAUGAGCCUGCUCUGUUUUCUGAAUCACAAUAUCAGCUUUACAACAAGAAUCCAUGGAUACUGAAGAACAGUGAAUACAGCAACUUAGUGUUUCUAGACUGUUUUAAAAGUAUUUGAAUGAGAAUAACUUCUGUACUUUAAAAGGGAUAAAUUUCAAUGUAUUUGUUCAGUACUUGAGAAUCAUAGUCACGAUAAUGCAGAGUGAAGCUAGCAAGUAACUAGAAAAUCUGCUAUUUUAUUAUACCAAUUAGUCUGUAAGAAGUGGGUGCUAUCACCAUCUGUUGUUUCAUUUAAAGCUUCCCUUCACGUGGACAUUUCUGGAUUUCCAAGGAGACUAGUCUUCAUAGCCAUACUUCAGCUCACAUUUAUUGCAAAUGUGUAAAUACUUUAUUGAAGGUAUGCUUUGCUGUUCUGCUUCUGUUUGUUUUCUCUUGGAAUCAACAUAGAAGACACAAAUGAUAUUUGUAAGAAAUACUCAAUUUUCUACAACCAUAGUCAAAUUCUAAAUUAAUCUUCUGUUUCCAGCAGGUUUACAGAACAAAGUUUAGACCUCACUCUUUCUCCUCCACAUGUAUGUGAGACUUACAGUAGAAAGAUUUGGCCCCUAUAAUAUAUUCAUAGUAAAAUGCUUUUACAUUGAAACUUUUAUUAAAUGAUAUCCUGAGGAUAUGUUCAAUAAACUUAUAUUGCUAAUUCUUAACUGAUAGACUUGAUAUUAAGUGCACGUAACUCAGUCUUCUGCUGAGCAAGAGUGUCUUCCAUAUAAUAUUUAAACUCGGCAUAUUGUGGCAUAAUUUUGUUGUUCAUUGAUGCAGUGACAUGAAUCCUAAUCUUAAAUGUGUCCUGGAAAGAAAAAAUUACUUUUGAGAGAAACAAUUCAGGUUAGUUCUGGCACCAGAUUAAGUGACAAGAAUGUGGUUAAACAAUUUUUAGGAAUUAUAUUCUGUAACAAAAGGAAUUUAAUUCAGUAGUUGCAAAAAUAAUUUGGCUCUUUGCAGGCUUUAUAGUGGUUCAGUGUCCCAGAAAAGCUGCUUGGGCAUUAUGAAGGGUUCCCAAAAUGUAACAUAAAGGUUUCCGUUUUCAGGGCUUACAGAUUGGUAUGUCCUCUUGAGCCUUAGUGCCAUGAAGAUGAAGUUUUUAUGUUCAUCUACCAAAAGUGCCCCUGUAGCAGCUGGCUGUAACUUCAUUGUAAUAACUUGAGUGUGAUUAUAUUGCUACUGUAUCUAGGAUCCAGAGCAUGAAAAGGAUACCCAAAUAAUAAAAUUAAUUUAGUUAUUUGUUAUGCAAAUUAGUCUGCCACUUGUGCCUGGGAGAGUAUCAUCCAAAGACUGCAACUUUAUUUUAAACCAUUAUAACUACAGAAAGCUGCAAGCAACAUGUAUAAGCCAACUAAUGUAAAGUUAGUAGUACAUCAGUACCAUAAAAUAAAAUUAUUUUUUUUACUGCAGUCAUGAGGGAGAAAGCAUAUACAUAUUCAGUUUAGCUUUCAGUUGAGUAAUAAAAAGAAAAGGGCCAAAAACUGAUUGAUUGGGACGUCACUGGUGAUACCACCAUAGACAUAGGUUUUUGUUUGUAAUGUGAUGUUAAAAUAGAGAAUACAAUUUUGCCAAUCCGCAGCUAAGGAUAGAGUUACGAAGUUUCCUAAAGUAGCUUAUUUUUAUCAGUUGUGUUGAAGGCUUCUUUCGCAAACAUAGUACAUGAUUUUAUGAAUUGAGGGGGGGGGUUGUUAAAAAGAUGAGCACUGCAGACAGCUUUUUGUAAUAGAACAGCUAGCCAUAAAAUCAACCUGGUCCUUGGCAAGAACCUAAUUUGUGAACGCUGACUCUUCAAGUUUAGAAAUGAGGUAAUUUCUACAUACAGCAGCCAAAAUAUCCAACAAUGUUCUGGAUUUAAUUUGAAGGAAAGCUUUUGUAUUCUUCCUUAUGGAUUAGUACAUUAGAUUUCUCCCAGUGAGGAGGUGGUUUGAGAUAUUUAUACCAUUAGAGAGCUUGCAUAUGACAGGCGCCACAUAGAACGUUGGUUUUGAAAACCUCUGCAAAGUAUGAUGAUCUCAGCAGGGUAUUUUCCUGAUGCAAAGUGACCAAUCAAAUAUUCAGUCUCAGUCAUUGAUGAGGAAUGUGGUGGAAUUUACUAAUUUUGAAGGGAUUAUUAGGAUUAAGAGUGCCUCAAACCUGUUGUUAAAUGUAGCAGAACAAAGUACUUCCCAGUCCAAUAAAAAUGUUAAAGCUAAAGCACCAUAAUUAUAUAUUGUUCACUGUUCCAAAUAUUGUUAAGGUUGUCUGCUGCCAUUUUGUUGGUAGAAAGAGGAGGGGCAAUCUUGUCUGAUUGUUUUCUUCACUUUAGACCCCUGAUAGUCAUGCUUCUAUUCCAUAAAAAUCAUGUAACCCCCAGCAUUAGCUUUUGGGGACUACAUGGCAAUGUCAGGGGAAAGCAAGGACUGAGUCUCUUCUGCUGUUGGAAAGGUGACAGAAUCCAAUCUUUUUACAAUAUUUUGGCUGUCGUAUCAUCACUUAAAUGGAAGCAUAAUUGCCUCCGAUGUGUGUUUUUUAGCUUUAAAUAAAAACUUGUAUGUGUUUUAACUAUAGCUUUUAUAUCCACUGUAUUCUUUUCCUAACUUUCUAAUAAGUUGUUUUGUUUAAUGUUACUUUUUCAUACCAUGAUCAUUUGAAUGCUGUGGUUUAAUAUGUGGUUAUCGCGCAAAAUGGAUUUUGAAACACUUUAUGAUAUGUAAGCAUGAGAGUUGAGGACAAACACACAAACAAGAGUAUAGGCUCCAAAGGCAGUAAGUAUUUAACAAGGGUUGAUUUUAAUUAUUUAAGAAGGUGCAUCUAAAGGGUGUGGUUACAACUCAUAGUAAGGAUACAUUAAUAUAAUUUGAGUUUAUCACUAGCUGCCUGUUUUAAAAAGGUAUAUUUAAAAUUAAAAGGCCCAUCAAGGCGUUGUUAGUUUGUUGUUUGUAGCAAAAAUGGCUUUGUGUGAAAUUUGACUGAAAAACAAAAUUUACCAUCAAAAUUCAGCUACUGCAUCUAGGCAUCCAGGGUUUCAGUGGCAUUGAUCGCUGAAUAUCUUUCUCAUAUUUGACACCAUACAGCUCAGUUAAUGUCAAUGAGCUUAUUCUAAAUUUCAAAUUUUGCUGACUAGUACACAAUGGGAAGCUUGUUUGCAAAAUGAUAAACUGGGAAAUGAACUGUACAGAUAAUAACUAGCGUUCUAGUUGUCUUUGUCACAAUAUACUAAAACAAAUCAAUUAGGUGGACCUUUCCUUAUAUAGAAUGCAAGAAGUCCAUACAAACAAGGUAAUAUAUUCUAAAUGCUGUAACAUGGGGAUUAUGUCUCAUUGCCAUGAGUGAUAUUAAGGUUCUCACUUUUAAUAUCUCACUGCAAUGAUUAUUUUCCAUUUGUAUUUUGUACUGUGUUUUUACCAUGCUACAUCUUAUAUAUUACUGGAUUGUCCUCUGAUAAAUCAGCAUUGCAGACAGGACAAGAUCCUUUUCUUGUGAAAACGGAUCCUGGAGAUCAGAUGCUCUGUAUAAAUGAAACUAAUCCAUAUACUAAACAUGCAGAUAUGCUGUAAGCAUUUAACUGGCUGUUCUGUGGAAUGCUGUGCAGAAUAUUUUCUCAUGUACUACCUUAUUGGAUUAGAAGGUUUGUGGAGUAUUCAUUUAUACUUUUUGUUAUAUGAUGGAUAAAUUGUAAAUUCUCUUUUCUAGUCUUUAAUAUAUAGGAAACUGCAUGAUGCAAUAGUCAUUCUCAUCUUGAUGCAUAAAGAGCUAUCUAAAAGAACAAUUCUCCACAAAUUAGGUGCCCUUUAAAUGUCUUCUCAGACUGAUCCACAAGCAGAUUCCAUAUGUCUGAGAGCCGCAUCUAAAUGAAUGGUUCUGACUGGAUCACUUAAAUGCAUCUCUCAUAUCUGUGGAAUUCACUCGUGGAUAAAUUUGAUCCAUGCAGCUUAAAACAUUUAAUGAGUAUGAACUGAUGAAAAUAACAGCAUUUAGAAAUGCUUCAUGUAGGAAGACCUCUUGAUUUCUUGUACUAAAAUGUAAAACUUAAUAAGUUCAUUAAUUUGAGAUCUUCAUUCAUUUGAGAUCCUGGCAGCUUUUAGAUCCCUGUUAAAUACAUUUAGAAAUCAACUCAGUAUCUUCUGAUUGAUAAAUCUAAUAUCAUUUUGAAAACUAGUAUUAUAGAAGAUGUAGCUGCCUUGUGACAGGCAAUACUAGAAUAUAGGGAUGUUAUGAAAGUAAUGAUUCAUAAUUAAGUUCAUUUACAGAGUUUUUGUCUCAGUUGAAGCUGCAUAAAUUCAUGGUACUGCAUUAUAAUUCUUUAUUGGUAUAAGUUCUUUUGGAUGUGAAUGUUUACCAAAAGUUGUGUACUAGCUUUUGGGAAUUCUUACUAGUUUUUAGUUUGUAAUGCUAAUUUUUAGAAUAGUAUUUACAUUUUCACAACAAAAAAUAUGGAACUAUUAGCAAUUGAUUUUCAAGGCAACUGAAAUUGGCCAAAUAAGACGAUGCAUGAUUCUAAGGACUAGUGUUCAGAUCUUCAUGUUGCCUGAAUGUUUGUCCAUUUGUAAAUGUGUAUGGUUGGUUUUUCCUUAUUUAAAUGUACCUAGGUAUAUAUAUAUAUAUCCUGCUGCUUUUUGGAAUCUUCAUUAGGCAAAUAAAUUUUAUUGCAAAUUAAAAUAAA